AUGACAGUUGAGAACCACUACAUAUCGAGCGAAGAACUGACUACUUAUCAAAAGGAUAAAAUCGCUGAGCUGCGAGAUAGAGCUUCGGAACACUUGGCAAAAUAUCCUGAUUAUGAUACUGACUUCUCCUUGCUUCGAUGGUUAAUGGGAUGGGACUAUGACAUCGAUGCUAUACUGCCAAAGAUACGCGAGUCAAUUGAUGUGCUCACAUCACUAGGAUUACAUGAGGUUUCUGUAGAAGAUAUUUACGAGUUAAAUGCAAAAAUUCGCUCAAUGUCGAAUGUGAGCACAUAUUUUCCCGGUGGACUGAUGUGCCAAGAUGACGAAGGAAAUGUGGUGUAUAUGCAACCAUUGGCUCGUUCACAUCCGAAAUCGUUGAUUCGUUCCGGAUGCGUCAGUGACCUACUAAGAAUAAGCGUGGUGGAAGCCGAACUGGCCUUCAAACUUGUGAGGUGA